AUGGCUUUGGAAAAGUCCUUUAAAGUGAUAUGCAUUAAAAUCGUACUAUUUUUAGGUGUUUUAGCGAUAGCGACACAUUUAACAGUUACCUUUUGGGAAUAUUUUGUUUUACGAACAGAACUAAGCAAAAUAAACUCCAGUUUGCACGUCCUUAAGGACACCCUCAGCAUUAUAAGUAGUGAAUAUGAUAAAGUCAGUAAAGAUUUAAGUGAAUUGAGUACAAAACAAUUAUCGAAAUCUUUUAUCAAUGGUAAACGUACAGAAAAAUGGGACGAAAAUACGUUCCACGAUAUUAAGGUUGAAGAAAAUUAUGCUUAUUGA